UAGGGCACAAAACUGCGUACUUCACAUGAUAAAACUGUGCUAGCUACAUUACAUUAUCUUUACUUCGUGCUACUGGUAGUUUAUAGUCUAUUGCAGUUUUGUUGUUGAUUAUUUAUGUAUGUAUUCACUUAUUUAUUUAUCGUAACUCACUGUAACAGCAGUAGUACUGGACUUUGGUCUGCCUCUCCCACGAGCGUGAGGAGGAGGGCUCGAGGAGUGCUCGUGCUGUGAUGGGACUACAAAUCCGUUAGUACCCACAGCCUCCUCCUCUUCCAUCAUGGCUCCGUCGAUAGACAGGCAAGGAUAUUGGGGGCGGCCGACCUCAACGCUGGACUGGUGUGAAGAAAAUUAUGUCGUGUCUUUUUACAUCGCGGAAUUUUGGAAUACUGUCAGCAACCUGAUUAUGAUUCUUCCUCCCAUUUGUGGGGCCAUCCAGACGUUUCGCGAUGGCCUUGAGUUUCGCUACAUCUGCUCUUUCCUCGGACUAGCAGCUGUUGGUGUUGGUUCCUGGUGCUUCCACAUGACGCUACUGUAUGAAAUGCAGCUACUGGACGAGUUGCCAAUGAUUUACAGUACAUGCGUCUUUGUCUACUGUCUAUAUGAGUGCUUCAAACAAGAGAACAACAUUAGUUUAUUUCCUAUUGCAUUAUUAUUAAUCUUCAGUGUCUCAGUCACUGUGGUAUACUUACAGUGGAAGGAGCCAGUGUUUCACCAGGUCAUGUAUGGUGCUCUUGUAGCUUGCCUAGUGAUGCGAUCCAUCUUCAUUGUUACAUGGGUUUACCCCUGGCUCAGACCGCUGUGUUACACCUCCUUAGGUAUCUUUAUGUUAGGGUUCCUACUGUGGAACAUUGACAACAUCUUCUGUGACUCAUUAAGAGCCAGUAGACAAACACUGCCCCCUGGUGUUGGAGUAGUGACACAGUUCCAUGCCUGGUGGCACAUCUUUACAGGCCUGGGAUCCUACCUGCACAUACUUCUCAGCCUGCAGAUCAGGUCAACCUACCUCAAAUACAGACCAAAAGUAAAGUUUCUGUGUGGAGUUUGGCCCACAUUGCACAUUGAACCACAGAAGACGAGCUGAAGCGAAGGGAUGGGGACCAGCUGAAGGAUGGUGACUGCCAUAUCCACACACCACUGGCACAGGGACCUGCCAGUGCCCACUGCUGGGAACUCAGCCCAAAGGCAGAUGGCAGGUGGACCCCAAGACACCACCCCAGGAAGCCUUUGGUUCUGCACUGUGGGGAUUUACUAAGUACAGUAUAGCACUGAUUCCAGUUUUAAGAAAUGGAAGAUUUUUCUCAUCAAUCAUAAUUUAUUAGACUAGUUUUUCUGUAACUUAACUGAAAUGCAACAUUUUAUUUGUUGCUUCAUUUUCAAAGUGAACAUGAUGUGUAGUCCACUGCAGAGAUAGCUUUUGAAGGGGUUAUGGAUGUUAACUUGAUUAGGGUUUGGGAAAAGGGAAAAUGAUGUAAUUACUUCAGAAUUCACAUUAGUUUAUUUAUCGUUAUAUGUUCAAUUCUUUGAAUGUUUGAAUCUCAUAAGCCUAGAGAUAUUUAAAUAGAUCCCUAAACUGAAGUAUAACUAAGGCUAUUACUUAUGUGUAGUUUUACAGGUAGCUGAUGGAGCUAUACUUACAACUCAGUGUUGCCAUAUCCCUUUUCAAGGAGUAUCAUAUUGUGUCUGGAUGUGCUCACCACAUAUGGUAAUGACCAGCUAGAAGAUGUAAUCGGUACUGUGUUAUUAUAGUUCAGCUGUCUUGACUAGAAGAUCUUCGUUCAGUUGUUUAGCCAUUGGCUUCAUUGUUUUACUUGAAGUUUCCCUAUCAAAACAUGGCAAGACUGGAAUUAUUUGUUUUGGGUUUUUUUUUUUUUUUUUUUUGCCAAAGUUGCUCUGGGAUUUAAAACAGUCACUUGAUAUGUGAGAAAUGUUAAUGUUUUACCUCACUGUAAACAAACAAGAAAUACAGUGCUUAUAGUUUUCUUAGAAACAUCAUUAUACUGACUUUUAAUAUUGUUUAGGAGCUGGUUAAACUUUACCCAGCUAUACAGUUGGACCACCUUUUUACAUCUCAAGUUUCUGUGGAUACUUUUACAAUGCAAAUUUGUGUGGAGACUUCCCUAAGAGCCACCUUUAAAGCCCACAGGGAUUUUGUAUUGGGUUUUGUGUUGGGUUUGUAAACAGAAUCACAAUGAGCCUCCUUCAGGGUGUGUUAGGGUUAGAGACUGCUUUGUUGGAAUUUGACCAUGCUUCUAGAGGAUGUGGUGAGGCAUAAACAAUGCAGACAUGCAGAAAUAUUACUAGAAAUGCUUCAGGUCAGUGUGCCCCAGGCCAUCACCACUGGCCAGAUUAUUGUAGAUGAUGUGUUCAGCUAGCAUGGAGGCCAAAAGAGUAAAAAUGCUGAUAGUUGAAACCCAGCUAACUAAGCCAGCUAACAAACUGACAAAUUUCCUAGUUGUAAUUUUUAAUAUCACGUCAAAGGACCAAGUGAAUGAAUGGAACAUUUCUGAAUGAUCACAUCUUCAUAAGCCGCAGGGAAUGGGUUACAAGACACAGUCAGUUCUGGGUAGCUUUUUGUCUCCUGCUUCAUUACAAUAAAUCUGCUUAAUAUUUGUCAUGAUAGUAAACAGUAAUGUGCCCCUUUCUUAUGAAAAAAAUACUAUACUUGAAAUAAGUCAAGUGUCUUGAAAUCCCUACAAAUACUUCCAUAUCUCCCCACUACACGACUACAUUUUAUUUAUUACUCUGUUAUUUAUUAGUCAUUUUUCUUUUUAUUUAUUUACAUCGUGGCAUUAAGAUGGCAGAGUCAAAUGGCACAUACACCUUGUGGGGUAGCAUCUUUGUGAAACAGUUUGUGAUAUAACCACUAGGUGGCAGAAAUUUCCAGCUUAUUUCAGACAUUGCCAAGCAUGCCAUAGUGCAUUGACAAACUAACUACCUACUGUAAAACCGCUUAGGAUCUUUGCCUCAGUGUUCAUUUACUGGAUCUGUGGUGUUAAAUGAAGGGCUUUUUAUUUACAAUAUUUGUUUUGCUACUGUGAAAUAGUGGAUAUGUAAUGGUGACAAAAGACAGCGUAACCGGUAAACUGGAAGAUGUACAACUUAACUGUUGGAUGGAGAUAUUUGUAUUUGUGUGGCCUCCUAAACUGCUGUGUGCUGUAUUAUCUCCUGAAACAACACAUUCAUUUUUCAUUAUGCAUUCAUAAGCACAUAUGUACAAUGUAUGGAAGAUAAGUAUUAACGUUGUUCAGAUGUCUUUGUGGAACCUUCAAUGUUGUCACCACUCAUCAGUGGAGGUGAACAGUUGUCAAAGAGGGUGCCUUAUUGUUAUCCUUGCAGUGUAAUCCAAGUUGCCUUGAUGUUUGUGGUAAACCAUUCAAGUUAUCCCUUGUGUUCUCUAAUGUGCCCUUCCCAUAAUUAUUAACAGUUAAAGCAUCAGGAGGACAAACAGUAACAGCUUCUAAUGCAAAGUCUGUGCCUGAUUCUUUGGCCUUCCAUUCAUUUCAUGUGUCCAGCAACUUAGUUACAGGUUGUCCCGAUGAUGUUAACUGUAACUCAAAGUGAUAAUACUUUAGUGUCGUGGCCAGAAGAUCAUGUGCCAGUCUUUAAUGAUGCCAUGUAUUGUCAAAUAAAAAAAUGUUUAAGA